AUGCCCAAAACAGGCACAGUGUGGAUAUCUCAAGUUAGAAUUCAGCCUUUUUAGUGAUUGGACCUAAAGUAAUGAAAAUAAGUGAGUAUCUCUCUCUCUCUCUCUCGGUCUCUCUCUGUCUAUCUCUCUCUCUGUAGGUCAGUAGUCACUCGGAGCCCUCCUCCCAUUCUUUGAGUCUACAGCAGCCUCCUCUCCCUCCUCCUCCCCAACCCCAGUGCAGUGUGGCCGAGCGGGACAAGCUGCUCCUCUUCUCUGAUUUCGAGGACCUCAGUGUCUCCUUCCGCAGCCUCUACAAGUCUGUCUUUCAGCAGUCCUUCAGCCAGCAAGGUGGGUCAAGGGAAACAGCACUCUGAAGCAGACCGGUUUGAAAUAGUGUUUUAGAUGAGCCUGCUUGGUGCAAACAAGCUCUAUCAAACGCCUUCAAAGUAUUUGAAAGGAAACAAGCACGUGCACAGCUAACGUCAUACCCGGUUGAUGAGAAAACAGUGUGGGAAACACUAGUGGGAAUGAAACGCAUGCUUUUUCUACAUAAUUAUUUUACAGGUUAGCUAAAAGCACAAGGUAAUCUCCUACACCACAGUUUGGACACUUACGUUAAACAGUAAUACAAGUUUUAGUGUGAAUUCCUCUUUUGUACUUAAACAAAUAAUAAUUUGUGCCACAGAUCUACAAUCGUUGCGCUACUCAGUCAAACGAGCAAAAGCAAUCAAGGGGAAGUAGCUUUGAAACUUGCUACUAGAUUGUGACGCUUCUAAGUAAUUGCUUCCUGCAGCAUCCUAUUGGGUCAACAGGCUUCCUCCUGCUUGUGUUACGAUCCACCUUCUUUAACCCCAGACAUGGACACGCUCUGUCGAUCGCCUCACUUUUGCCUGAAAUCAACCUUUAAAAAUAGUUUAUUUUUAUUGUUUAAAAAAAAAACAUUGUACAAGUCGCAGCAACGAGCUGAAUUGUGUACAACAAUACAAUUAUGAAAUUGCUCCGGCCAAACGCUACGCCACGCCAACGGACGUUAGUUUCUUCUCCGCAAUGAGUCUGGAUCUGAGUACCUCCCAGAUGAUUUCUAGAAUGGAAAUCCUUUCUAGACCGUCUGAUUGGUCCCAGCAACCGAUGGGUUGGGCCAGAACCAUAACACACGUGGCUAAAGCGGCGUUUUGAACAUUCAUCAUUGGCUUUGAUACUCUGAUAGGUUAGAGAUCAUCCAAUCGUUGAUUACUUUGUUUUCUACAACACCCCUCAUUUUGACGCCACCACAAACAAUUUCAAUUAUAGCAGUAUCAGACUGAAGUAUGUAGCGAAUGAUAGAGCAGAGGAAGAAUUCAGUUUGAGUUGUCAGGUAAGUACUCCAGCACUUUGGAUUUUAAAUGAUACAAUGACUCUGAGGUUAAAGGCCCAGUGCAGUCAAAAAAUUUAUUAUCCUGUGUUUUAUAUACUUCCACACUAUGAGGUUGGAAUAAUACUGUGAAAUUGUGAUAAUAUUUGAAAAGACCACCUGCAAUUUCAGCCUGUUGUGGUGGGAUGGAGUUUUGGUCUGCCUGGUGACAUCACCAGAUGAUAAAUUAGUCAAUAGACCAAUAACAGCUAGUUUUCUAAGAAGCUAUUUUUGUUUUUGACCAUUUUAAUUUAAAAUAAUCACAGUAAGGUACUUAAUUGUUUCCCAAAAAUUAUUUGAUAUUGAGAUAGAAACGUCUGCAUUGGAGCUUUAAAGUGCAUACUUUCAGCUUUAAUUUGUGGGUAUUUUCAUCCAUAUCAGGUGAACCGUUUAUAAAUUACAGCACUUUUUGUACAUAGUUGUACAAAUUCACUUAUGUGUAUUAAAGUAGUCAAAAGUUUUUAGUAUUUGGUCCAAUAUUCCUAGCACGCAAUGACUACUGUACAUCAAGCUUGUGACUCUACAAACUUGUUGGAUGCAUUUGCAGUUUGUUUUGGUUGUGUUUCACAGGGUUCAUUGGCCAAUUCAUUGAAAACUUUGGCUUUGGCUUGCUUUUAUAGAGCUGGUACUACCUGUUUGCUGAAGUGAGUGCAAGAGGGACGUUCGUAACGUGGCUCCAGCACUUUCACGAGAUGCUGAAACACCCUAUUCUCAACCACCGAGAAUGGGCGUAUAUCCGCAGCUAUAAACCAAAGACUGUAAAAUAUAUAAACAUAGACUACCUAUUGGUCUUAUUAUUUAUUUGGCCCGAUCAGAAUCAGCUGCCAAGGGCUGCUUCAAUGCAGAGGGGAGACGAUUUUGUUUUGUUUCUUUGUGUUUCCGUCUUGCUCCGGCAUACUGGGGUGAUGUCGGCGUAAAUGUGUUAACAUUUGAGGUGUUGGCAGCUGCAUAGACUAUUCUGGUUGAGCGUGGCGACAUACUGUUAACGUUUUAUCCACAACUCUCUGUCCAUCAGCGUUGUAAUCUACUGGGAAGCCAAAAUGUGGCGAUUUAAAGGAUGAUGGAGGAUCCUCCCAUUCUGGUUUACUGACCCCACCACUCGCCAUCGUACAGAACUACUCAAAAGGCAUAGGCCUACAACACAGCAUAGGAAUAGCCUGUAGGCCUAGUGUUUUAAUUUAGUAAAUAUAUAUUUUUAUGUACUUUCACAGUGCUGACCAAACCGAGGUCCCCGGUAUGGUACAAAUAUGUGUACCGUUACACCCCUAGCGUUAAUGUGCAUUAAUUAAAGGAGGCAACUAUUUAUGCAUUGCUCAGUUUGGUGAACUCUAGUCGAGUUAAGUAAAUCGCCUCCUUAUCGUACAUUGUUAUAUAAAUUUAAAUGGUACAAAUUAAAUCACGCUGCCAGAUUAAAAUUAGGUUUAUGGUAUUUUUUGCACUGAUCUGUGCGCUUUUGCGUGAAGAAAAUGUCGCUCUGUGUUCCAUUCUAUUUUUAUGGCCCCCGCAACCUAGGCAGAGUGAAGCUCACUGCCUUGCAUGCUUCUACCCAAGGAACGGCGUCAGUAGUCAUUGCCUUUUGGAGGCUGAAAUGCAGUGAGUCACCCAAGCAGCCGAGCUCCUCACCCUCCCUAGAAAACAACAACGUGUCUAGACCACGUGACGGAUGUGGACUGACUCAGUCAGGGUGAAUCGCAAACAACUUGACUACUCCUCUCCUCGUCUCCUUUCCAGCUGUGUUGUGAAAGACAGAUGAAUUCCUGCCAGUGCAAAUGAAGGUAAAGGACACAAGGAGAGGAGGCCACUUUAGACUAUUGAAGUGCCACCCUCAGAGUUUCAGUGAGAAUUCCUGGCUUGGUAAAACAGAGAUCAGUUCAGAUAAUACACACGCGCCUACAAAGAGUACAUUUCCUUAAACCAUCCGAAUGAAAUUCCCCCGGUUUGCUUCACUAUCAUUUAUUAGAGACAACAUCUCGGCAUCAGUCACGGUCACAUGCUGCACUGUAGUAGCAUAGGUGUAUUUAUUUUUCCAAAAAGGAAAAUACAAAAUAAUAUGAACAUAGUUUUAAAGCUGCAAUCCUUAAUGGUGAAAUUGCCACGUCCGUUUGUGAUAUUACAACAACAAAGAAGUUACUGCAAACAACAAACACUGAAGAAUCAAAAGGAGAUUCAAGGAAAAUGCAUAAGCAAAAUGAUUUACAGGUAGGCAGAAUGGCUAGUAAUUCUCUGUCUGUUUGUCUGUGUCCGUCCGUCUGUCUGUCUGUGUGUGUGGUUGGCCCCACAGGUAUCAUGGGUAUGCCCAGUGAAUUGAGCCAGCAGCCACGGACGUCGUGCUCCUAUCAGCACUCCCCCGGCGACACCCACCCCCACAGCCACCAACACAACCACGGUCAUGUUCAUAGCCACCCCCACCACCACCCGCCUCUCUCGCAGCACCUCUUUCCCCACGUGACGCACAACCAACAUCAAUCUCAUACGCACACUCAACAUGGGCAGCACCCUCAACACAGCCAGCACCCCAACAGUGGGCAGCAGUCCCAGCACCAUACUGGCCAGCCACCACAGAUGCCCUGCACCAGCACUUGUAAGACAUGACUGUACAGUACACACUACUAUACAUAGUACUGUAUUGUCAGAGAGUAAACACGCCCAAAUGAUGGACAGCAGAGUGCUUCUGACUAGACUAUUGGCCAUCAUUUUCCAUUAAUUUCCCACCGAUUCUAUAUGUUGAAUCAGCGCAAACAGCCACCACUUGUCGUCAACCAGCAGGAGGUCGCUAUAACAUACCGCGGCGACAGCAAGCGAUAGGACUGUCACUCUGCUUUUAGCUGUUCACCGUGGCGGUGUGUCUGGAGCUAAAGGCAGGCCUCAGGAACAGCGGCUAUCCUUAAAUGCUAGUCCCUUACUAUACAUAGCAUUGAUAUCUACAUGCUCUGCAUGGAUUCCAUUAUUUUCAGUGUUGGGGAAGCUACUCUGAAAAUAUAGUUUACCAAGCUACCAAUUACUUCACACUGGAAGAAGUUAAACUACACUUAAGCUACCCUUAAGAAAAAUAUAGUUUACUUUGAGAAAGUAGUUCACUACAUCCUAACUACUUUGUGAAAAAUGUUCAUAUCUAAAUCUGAAAUGUCAUAGACUAUACAUUUACAUUUUAGUCAUUUAGCAGACGCUCUUAUCCAGUGAGUGCAUACAUUAUUUUUUAUUUUUUUUCAUACCCCCGUGGGAAUCGAACCCACAACCCUGGCGUUGCAAACGCCAUGCUCUACCAACUGAGCUACAUCCCUGCCGGCCAUUCCCUCCCCUACCCUGGACGACGCUGGGCCAAUUGUGCGCCGCCCCAUGGGUCUCCCGGUCGCGGCCGGCUGCGACAGAGCCUGGAUUCGAACCAGGAUCUCUAGUGGCACAGCUAGCACUGUGAUGCAGUGCCUUAGACCACUGUGCAAGAACAGUUAAUUUUGGGAUCAUAUGUUAACAGAAUGUUUAAUUUAGCCUAUUAAACACAAAAACUAUGUUUCAAGUGAGAAUUAGGCAGGUCUCAAACAGUGUGUAGUUCCAGUAGUUAGCUAAACCGUUACAUGGCAAAAAAGUAAUUAACUACUGAAAACACUACCUAGAUUUGAAUUUAGUUGAACUACCACCAAGCUACUGCAAAAUGUAGUUUAAUUACUAGUUGAACGAAAUGUAGUUCAAUACUCCCCAACACUGAUUAUAUUAGCUUUGUAGUUUGUUUUUCUGCUACUCCUCAAAGCUCAUUACGCUGUGUGAAGCUGGCGUUUCUGAACCUCACCGACGUCGUUCAUUUGCCUAGACUAGUCUUUGUUUUUCCUGUGUCUCUGCACUGUGCUUUCGGCUCAGAGAAAAGGCCUAUACAAAUAGACGCUCCAUUAUCUGGGUUAGUUCUCCCUCCACAGUGGCUGGGAUGAAUAAAAGCAAUCCCCUGUCUUUGAUCCACAGCUUCAAAUGUGUUGCCGUUUGGGUUUGAGAUGAAAGGCAGAAUAUCGUUCCUCUUCACUAAUGUCUGUGAUUUCAAUUUCCUCUGUGAAAAUACAACAUCUUGUGGUCAAACGCAUCACUGCAUCUGACUCAAACAUUACAUUACUUCUGAUGGUCCUUGGCUGCCACUCUGUUGAUUACAGCACCAUGCUCUUGUCAACAUUUCCCUAACCUCGUCCCCAGGGUAAUUGCUACAACAUUAUAGAGAGCUGGCUGGUGGACGUGACUAACAUUUCCCCUACCGUUACGUAGUCUUCCUACCUAGCCCCUGUUUAGCUCUAUUGCCCACUCCCCCUACCUGAAAUUAUUUGUCUUCGAAGAAAUCGGGAGGAAUCACUGCAGUGUGUUUGUGUGUGUGUGUCUGCGCAGGUCUGUCCGCCGACUGGUACCCCAACCUAGACUGGCUGAAGGAGAGCUGUCGCAUUGCCAGCAGCUAUAAUUGGGCUGACGUGGACCUCUCUCCAUUCCACGGUAACACAGACUUGCAUAAUCCUAAAGAGAAGAAAUGGUGGUAA